AUGGUCUCCUCCCCGGCAUCUUCGACCACGCUUGCCAACCUCGGGCUUCUUCACCACAAGCUAGAGCUAGAGUGUGGCUUUGUCAUCCAGCCAAAGGGCCACCUUGAACCCCAUAUCAGCAAUCUUCCGCGACGGAGGGUGGUCAGGAGGAGGGUUGUAGAGAGCGAGAGCGAGGACGAGGACGGGGAUAAGGCCAGCGCCAAGACAGAGUCCUCGCAUUCGCUCAAAGACGCGGACGAACCUCAUCCCGUGCGCAUACAAGCCCUCGGCGAGAACACAGACGUAUGCGUCUCCGUCGCAGAGGUGGAAGGAUGGGACGGGGACGUCGUUCGCGUCGACGAGGAAGAAGAGAAUGACUGUGGUGUACCGACUUCGCCGCGGUCGACGUUCCUCGAGCUGGUGUCGAAGGGGUCGGCGUUGCGAAAGGUGCUGGUUGUCGGGACCCGGGUAAAUGUGUUUGCUGUUGGACUGGGGAUACUCUGCCGGCGUAGUGGGAAGGAUAUGAUAGAGACGUAUAUGGAGCUGCAUGACACGGGUGGGUUGGAGGAUGCAUGGAGGGGUUUGUUGAGUCGGGAUGGCGUCGAGUGGGUCGCAGGAGAGGACAAUUAG